AUGGACGUCGCACAUGCCAAACCAUCCCUCGAUCUGAACGCUGUGCAACGGAGUAACGAUGAUCCAUCCACGUCAGCAACACUAUCAAUAACAUCGCAGAAGUUGGAGGCCGGUGAUGAGGCUGUUAGCACGGCGAAGGAGGGGGAGGCAGAGGUGGAGGACACGGAGUACAUCACGGGCCUCAAAUUGUGGCUUGUCGUUGGCAGCCUGUCGAUGAUCUGCUUUCUGCUUUUUCUGGAUCUGUCCAUUAUUAGCACUGCCAUUCCCCGCAUUACGAGCGAAUUUCACUCUCUUCCUGACGUUGGAUGGUAUUCAGGUGUUUAUCAACUGGCUAAUGCUGCGCUGCAACCGCUCACCGGAAAGUUGUACUCCCGUCUGAAUCUCAAAUGGAAUUUCUUGUUCUUUUUUCUCAUAUUCGAGCUUGGCUCCUUGAUUUGUGGUCUCGCCAUCUCAUCGUCCAUGUUCAUUGGCGGACGGACUAUUGCAGGUCUAGGCGGCUCCGGUCUUAUGAAUGGGGCCAUGACCAUGAUUGCUGCCUCGGUGCCUCUGGAGAAACGGCCAGUCUAUACGGGUACUUUGCUGGGAAUUGGACAGAUGGGCAUCAUAUGCGGACCCCUAGUGGGAGGUGCUCUAACUGAGUACGUGACCUGGCGCUGGUGCUUCUACAUCAACCUCCCCAUAGGUGGACUAUUAGCCUUACUGCUCCUCCGAAUCCACAUUCCCGACUUAAGCAUGAAACCGCCCGUAACCCUCUCUCUGGUCGCCAAAAUGCUCCCGGAACUCGACCUCAUCGGCUUCGCCCUCUUCGCCCACGCAGCGGUGAUGUUCCUCCUCGCCCUGCAACUCGGCGGCGGCAGCGCGCGCCCCUGGAAUAGCUCUGUCGUCAUCGGUCUAUUCUGCGGCGCCGCAGCCACUGCCAUCGUCUUCGUGCUCUGGGAAAAACGUAUGGGCGAUCGCGCCAUGAUACCCGGUUCCAUGCUGAGGAAUCCUAUCAUGGCAUGCAGUGUGGGUAUGGGGUCGUUUCUCAUGAGUACCAAUAUUUCUGGGGCGACGUACUUGCCCAUUUACUUCCAGGGCGUCAAAGGGGUUGGACCGACGAUGAGUGGGGUGUAUACACUGCCGGGGAUCCUGUCGCAGUUGUUGCUUAUUGUGGUGUCUGGGGCAUUGGUACCGAAACUAGGCUACUACCUCCCCUUGGCUGUCUUCAGCGGUGGUCUGACCUCCAUUGGUAACGGACUCAUGUCUACUCUCACCCCGAAUACUUCGACAGGUAAAUGGGUAGGCUAUCAAAUCCUUAUGGGCGCUGGUCGCGGCACCGGAAUGCAGAUUCCUAUAAUAGCAACCCAAAACGCCCUCCCUCCUUCCCAACUCCCCGCCUCCAUGGCCUUCAUCAUCUUUGCCCAAAACCUGGGUAGCGCAAUUGCCGUCGUCGUCUCCACCACCCUCUUCGCCCAGACCGUUCUGUCCGACCUGCCGCGCCUGGCUCCCUCUGUUCCUCCGCAAGCCGCCCUCGCAGCAGGGAGCAGCGCUGAAGGUGUGCGCGCACUGCUGCCGCCUGGAAGUCCCGAGUUGGAGGGGCUGUUGAGCACCGGUGGUGAGUUUUGGGUUUGCGGGGGGUGGAAGGAUGUUAGGGGGAAGAAACAACGGGAUGGGGAGAAGGGGAGUGUGUAA